AUGAAUGAAACGUUAAAAUCACAUCUUCAACCGAUUAAUAGGUUUGCAGUCAAGGCAAUUCAGAGUGUUGAAGGUGAUAUUAUUGACUGUGUUUUGAUUCAUAAACAACCAGCUUUUAAUCAUCCUUUAUUAAAAGGACACAAACUAUGGAAUCCUCCAAAAAUAUCAAAAGGGCAUAAACAAAUGAAUAAUUUUAGUGAUAACAUUGAGUCUUGGAGUUUAUCAGGUGAAUUUUGUCCAGAAGGAACAAUACCAAUUAGAAGAAGAAAAGAAUAUAAAUUUUUUGGAAGAAAAGAUAUAAGCCAAAGACAUUAUCAUGCAACUGCGAUUGUGGAAGGGGGAUUCACAGGAGCAAAGGCUAACAUAAACAUCUGGACCCCCUCGGUGGAAAAGAAAGAUGAAUAUAGUGCGGCUAAAAUAUGGAUUAUCUCUCAAUCAUUUUCAGAAUUUAUUGAAGUUGGUUGGCAGGUCUUCCCGAGUAAAUACAGGGACAACAAGCCACGACUUUUUGUUUAUUGGACUGCUGAUGGUUAUAAACGAACGGGAUGCUAUAAUUUAGAAUGUCCGGGUUUUAUUCAAACUAACCGGGAAAUAUAUCUUGAAAGGGCAAUUUUUCGAACUUCCACAUAUAAUAAUAAUCAAUGUGGUUUGAACUUAAGGAUCGAGCAGGAUACGGAUAGUGGACAUUGGUGGCUUGGAUAUGGAGAUGGACAUAUAGUUGGAUACUGGCCAUCCAACCUAUUCAAAGAAUUAAAAGGUGAAGCACAUUUAGUUCAAUUUGGUGGAGAAGUAUUGGAUGUAAACCCAUCAGGGUAUCAUACCGCCACUUCCAUGGGUAGUGGUCAUUUUGCUGAAGAGGGUUUUGGAAAAGCUGCAUUUUUUAGUAAUAAUCAAGUUAAGGAUUCCACUUUUUCUAUGGUGGACCUGGUAGAAAUGAAAAUUGUCUUUAUGGUUUUUGACAAAAACUUGUUAAGUAAUGACUAUGUGGCAUUGCAAAUGGAAAUCAAGCGCUUGGGCUCGAGUGGCAAACGAGUCUUUGCAAAAGACGAUAUUCAGGGAAUACCGAGUUCUAUUCCUGGCAGAAACAACAUUUGGCCAGUGCACGUGCCUCCGUAG